UUAAAUCAAAUUGAUUUGCAUAUCCGUGAGGGUAUGUUUGUGGCCAUAGUAGGCGAUGUCGGUUCAGGUAAAAGUUCACUGUUGUCGGCCAUUAUCGGCGAUAUGGAACUGAUUGAGGGGACAGUCAAUGUUAGACCGGGUGUUAAUAUGGCAUACGUUCCACAACAGGCAUGGAUACAGAAUGCAACCAUCAAACAGAAUAUUAUGUUUGGAAAGCCGUUCGAUGAGGAACUGUAUGACCGGGUGAUAGAUAGCUGUGCUCUCAGACCUGACUUAAGACAACUGGCCGGCGGAGACCAGACAGAGAUCGGUGAGAAAGGUGUUAAUCUGAGUGGCGGUCAAAAACAAAGACUUAGUUUAGGCCGAGCCGUCUAUUCCGGUGCCGAUCUAUACCUACUCGACGAUCCACUUUCUGCUGUGGACAGUCAUGUGGGCAAACAUUUGAUGACCGAAGUAUUGGACUCGAAAACCGGUAUUUUAGGUUCAAAAACCCGAUUGUUGGUCACAAAUCAAUUGUUUAUGUUAGCCGAUUGCGAUCUAAUAGUUGUACUGAAAAAUGGCAAAAUUAUAUCUACCGGUACUUACGGACAGCUAUUACGCGAUAGUAAUUAUUUUCAACAAUUAAUUAAACAAUAUUUCAGUGAACGGGUCGAUGAUAAUAAUAAUGAUGAUGAAGAUAGUAAACGGAACGGUAGUUUGGAGACAACUGUUUUUAAUAAUAAUAAUAAUAAAAAAAAUAUUAUUCCCAAUACUUAUGAUGGUGAAAUUAGUAUUGAACAAGUUAAUAAUAAUAAUAAUAAUAAUGAACAUGCACAAUUAAUUGAUGAGGAGGGUGCCCAAAGUGGGCUAAUAACUAUGAAGAUAUUUAUCAAAUAUGUCCGAUCCAUUAACAUAAUGUUUCUGUUGAUUUGCCUACCGGUGCUCACAUUGUACACGACUGUCAACUACGGUAUGAACUUUUGGCUGGCCUACUGGUCCAAACAGGUUGCCACCGGUUUGGAUACCCGUAGUUCACUAUUUUAUAUGAUAAUAUUUGGCGUAUUGAUACUUGGUCAGUUUAUAUUGCAAACAGUCUACCGAUUUGUGUACGCCAUAAGCAUUAUACGCACCUGUAUCCGAUUGCAUCGUAAACUGUUGGCACGUGUUAUGCACGCGCCCAUGGAGUUUUUCGAUACGACACCAUUGGGUCGUCUAUUGAAUCGUUUCAAUAAGGAUAUGUAUCUGAUUGACAUACAUUUGCCAGUUAUGUUCAGUUUAGAGUCUAUCAGUCGAUCGCCAAUUAAUUCACAUUUAGAGGAAACACUUAACGGCUUAUCCAGUAUUAGGGCCUAUGAUUGUAGGGAUAGGUUUAUACGGGAAUCGGAUAAUAGGAUUGACAACAAUUCAAAAUGUUUGUAUCCGUAUAUUGUGGCCAACAGUUGGCUAUUAACGCGUCUACAAGUGCUAAGCAGUAUACUUGUACUGUUUGCUGCCGUUUUUGGUGUUAUCAAUAAGGAUAGGCUGACCGGUGCCGACAUUGGACUGUCGCUGGCAAAUGCCAUAACAUUGACCGGUAUUUUGGAGUUAUUUAUCGAUUCAUUGGCUCAAACCCAAGCAAAUCUGGUAUCGUUUGAACGGAUUGAUGAAUAUUGCGGUCUGAAUACAGAAGCCGACUGGCAAUCGGCUACCAAAUUGCCAGAUAACUGGCCAGAAAAAGGUUGUGUCCGAUUUGAUGGAUACGGUACUCGCUAUAGACAGGGCUUGGAUUUAGUUAUCAAAGGCAUAGAUAUUGAUAUAAAAUCUGGAGAAAUGAUAGGUAUUGUUGGCCGAACCGGUGCUGGAAAGUCAUCGCUAACACUGGCAUUGUUUAGGCUUAUUGAGCCAACAAUGGGUCGUAUAGUUAUCGAUGGCAUAGAUAUCAGUCAAUUAGGUCUACACGAGUUGAGGUCGCGGCUGACUAUUAUACCACAAGAACCGGUACUGUUUUCGGGAACUAUUCGCUCAAAUUUGGAUCCGUUUGACAAGUUUUCCGACGACGAUCUCUGGUCAGUAUUAGAACAGUCGCAUCUCAAAGAGUUUGUAGUGUCGACUGAUGCCGGUCUCGACCAUCCGGUGACUGAAUCGGGUGAUAACAUGAGUGUCGGUCAGCGACAACUUGUAUGUCUGGCUCGGGCUCUACUCAGACAUACGUCUAUCCUUAUCCUCGAUGAGGCCACGGCUGCCGUCGAUGUCGAGACCGAUGCACUCAUUCAGCAAACUAUUAGACAAGAGUUUAAGUCGUGUACUGUCUUAACGAUUGCCCACCGAAUCAAUACAAUCCUUGAUUACAAUCGGGUGUUAGUCCUAAGCGACGGACGGGUAGCCGAGUUUGACUCACCCGACAAACUGCUUGACGACAGGACAACCAUUUUCUAUUCACUGGCCAAAGAUGCCGGUGUUAUAUGA